AUGGCGGACGAAACAGAACGCCUUAUUCGUCUACGGGCGUCUAUACGCGGACAAUUAACUAAGCUACAAACACAAUUACAACAGAUUCAACCUACGUCCGAUUUCGAAGUAAGUCAGAGACUGUCAAGUUUAGAAAAUUAUGAGAAGAAAUUCGAUACAAUUCAAAGUGAAAUAGAAGCUCAAUCAGAAAAUUUAGAAUCGGAGAUAGAACAGCGACAUACAACUGAAGAAAAUAUUUUACAACUGAAAUUAAAACUGCACGGCUUACGCCCUACACCUAUCACCGAGGCACCUUCAACGUACGUUUCCAUUUCACAACCCACAAGGAGCUUAGAAGGUACGAGUACAGAUCUACGACCACAACAAACACCCAGGCUCAAUUUUACGCCUUUUCAAGAAAAAGAAUCGUUCAAGAACUUUAUUAAAAGACUGUCUGUAUACCUGCUGCUGAACAAUAUAACUGACCCGAAAACUAAAGUAUACAUGUUACUAUCAACACUACCUCCAGAUCUACAUGAAAGAGUCCACGAUCUAUCCUCUCCAGAUGAUCCAAUUAACAAAACAUUCGAAGAACUCUCAGACUUGUUAGACCAGUACAUAGACCCGAAACCAAGCAUCUGGGCGUCUCAACAUACAUUCAUUACGCGCAUGCAACAAGCUGAUGAAUUAGUUCCCAUCUACGCGUCAGAACUAAAAAGGCUGUCGCUCAACUGUGAAUUUAAAUGCACGCACUGCAAAAAACCUACAAUUGAUUCAUUUCUAUCACUACAGUUGAUACGUGGACUGAAGGAUGGUGACAUUAGAACCAAAAUCUUACAAGAAGACGAAACCAUGACAUUUUCGAAAUUGGUACAUACUGCGACAUCAAUGGAGACUGGAAAAAACGAAAAUUCAACUAUGUCUACAUCCAUUCAGAAAUUAACUACUGAGAAUAUUAACAAAAUUUCGCAAGCGCAAAAAGAAACAGUACACCCACCGAGAUACAAUACAAAAAGGACACAAAUUACCAUCAGAGACCUUAAGGGUAAAUGCUACCGUUGCGGAGGUAACGAUCACAAAGCAAACGAAUGCGGCGCUAUAAAAAGUACAUGCAUCAAGUGUCAAAAGGAAGGGCACUUAGCCCGUGUUUGCAUGCAACGAACUGAACGCAAUCAAACGAAUCUCCUGAAUCACUCAACAAGUAGCGUCAGCACCGACGGCAUGGCAGACAUUCACCUCAUCAAAAGCGAACUGUCGGACAAAUUCAUCAUCACCGUUGACAUUGAAGGCAAGAAGGUUAACAUGGAAUAUGAUACUGGAGCAGCACUUUCUGCAAUGUCACUGAAGGACUACAAAAACCUAAAAAUAAGUAACAAGAUUUUACAUACUUCUAUGACAUUCACAACCUAUACUAAAGAACCUUUCGAACCCGUCGGCGUAGCAUACGUUAAAUGCAAUUACAAAAAGCAAACAUUUUAUGGAAAAUUAUACAUAUUUGACAUGGACGUCGAACCUGUUUUGGGUAGAAGCUGGAUGAAAGAAUUCAAAGUAGAUUUGGCUGAUAUGAAUAGCGUAGAAACCUGCAUGAAGACAACAAAACUUGAAAAGUUAUUGGAAGAAUACGAUUCUACCGUCUUCAAUUCAAACUUGGGCGAGAUUCCAAACGUUCGUGGCCACCUAACGCUGAAAGAUGACGCGCGACCAAUUUUCAUCAAACCACGCAGAAUUCCAUACGCAUUACGAGCCAAAGUAGAUGAUGAAAUCGAAAGACUAGAAAAACAAGGAAUCAUUACAAAAAUAGAUCACUCCGAUUGGGGUACACCAGUCGUACCUAUAGUGAAACCCAAUGGAAGCAUACGACUUUGUGCAGACUACAAAGUCACUUUAAACAAAGCAAUAAAAGAUGAACAAUACCCGAUUCCUAUAAUUGAAGAUAUCUUUGCCGAAAUGAAUGGAGGACAAAUAUUCUGUACCUUGGACAUCACACAAGCAUACUUAAACAUGGUCAUGGAUGAAGAGAGUGCUCUACUACAGACUCUAAGUACACACAAAGGCACCUUUAAGGUAAACCGACUCAUGUUUGGCGUAAAGGUAGCUCCUAGCCUUUGGCAGAAGUUUAUGGACCAGCUGUUGAUGGGCAUCGAAGGCGUCAAGUGCUUUUUCGAUGACAUAAUAAUUCAAGGUUCGUCCGAAGAACAACUACUUACUAGACUUAAACUAGUUCUACAGAAACUGAAAGACAGUAACCUACGAGUCAAUAAAGAAAAAUGUAACUUCUUCAAACGUAGCAUCAAUUACUUAGGUCAUACCAUAGAUAAAGACGGUCUACACAAAAACCAGGACAAGGUCAAGGCCAUUGCCAAUGCACAACGACCAACUAACAUAAACGAAUUGAGAACAUUCUUAGGGAUGGCAAACUACUACAAUAAAUUUAUCCCUAAUCUCUCAUCCAUCACUAAUCCCUUGAACGAAUUAUUGAAGAAAGGUACGAAAUAUAUUUGGACUACGAAAUACGAAGAAAGUUUCAAAUCUAUCAAGAAAGAAAUACUAAGCGAACGUAUAUUAAUGCACUUUGAUCAAAAUAAAACUCUGAUUCUGGCUACAGAUGCCUCACCCACGGGUCUUGGUGCGGUUUUGAGUCAUAGAUUACCAGAUGGCUCAGAACGUCCCAUAGCAUUUGCCUCCCGAACCUUGACAUCCAGUGAAAAGAAAUACAGUCAGAUUGAUAAAGAAGCGACGGCUAUUUUCUGGGGAUUAAAAAAGUUCUUUCACUACUGUUAUGGCAGAAAAUUCACCCUUAUUACAGACCACAAACCGCUUACAUCUAUCUUUCACCCGCACCAGACAUUACCGACCCUAAGCACUAUGAGACUGUUUCAUUAUGCACAUUUCCUUUCCGGAUUUGACUACAACAUUGAAUAUAGAAACACUACCAAAAAUGCAAAUGCAGACUACCUGUCACGCUUUCCAGUUGAAAAAACGAAAGAUAACAAAAUUGACCAACACUACGUAUUCCAGAUGAAGCAAAUAAAUUCAAUAAAUAUCUCACCGGAAAUAAUUGCUAAAGAAACAAAAGAAGACCCCGAAUUACGAAACUUAUUACAAACACUUCAGUCAGGCGCAUCGCUCAGAGAAUCAGGAUAUAAUGAUAACGAACUGACAUUACAAAAUGAUUGUAUUCUAAAAGGUACACGAGUGAUGAUUCCACAGAGAUUACGUCAACAGAUAUUAGAGGAACUACAUACUGGACAUAUUGGAAUGCUAAAAAUGAAACUCCUUGCACGAAGUUUUGUAUAUUGGAAAAACAUUGAUAAAGAUAUCGAACAAAAAGUCAAAUCGUGUCGAACGUGCCGUUUAGAACAAAACGCACCUUCUAAAGCACCGAUUCACCACUGGGAAGAGCCUGAAGGCCCAUGGCAAAGAAUACACAUAGAUUUCGCCGGUCCCAUAUGUGGUUAUCAACUGUUCAUCGUGGUAGACGCAUUUUCAAAAUGGAUUGAGGUUAUUCCCACAAAAACAACCACGAGUUCUUACUGUAUUAAGGAACUAGACCAAAUAUUUGAUACUUUUGGGGUACCCUACACUUUGGUCUCCGACAAUGGCAGGCAAUUUAUAUCGCAAGAAUUUCAAAACUUCAUGAGAGAUAAUGGUAUUGUACAUAAAACUAUUGCCCCGUAUCAUCCAGCAACGAACGGCCAAGCGGAACUCUACGUCCAAAUUAUCAAAAGAGCACUGCAUAAAUUGGAGGGGGAGAGUGGAGCGAUUACAGACAAAAUUCGGAGAGUUAAAAGUACCCUUCGUAGUACGCCGGCCAGUUCGGGAUAUUCACCCUAUUUACUAAUGUUUGGCAGAGAAGUAAGAACACGGCUGACGGCGAAGAUUCGUGCGCCUCCAAAGUGCCAUGCUCAAUCUGCAUCGAAUACAAAUCGGCAGUUCGCCUUAAACAGUCGAGUCCAAGCACGGAACUACUCCGGAUCUGGACAGAAGUGGAAGUUCGGUACAGUGAAACGCCGACUUGGUAACCUACACUAUGAGAUUGCGAUUGACGAUGGACGUGUCUGGAUACGUCACUUGGACCAACUGCUCCCGGCCUCCGGGAUUCCCGGAAAUCACGGGGGAGGCGUGUCAUAA